GUCAGUUUCUGACACAUGGAAAUUCGAUGAUUCUACUUCUAAGCGGAUGUUGCUUUUGUUUAUGGGGAUGUUAUUAUAAUUUACUCUGCAACAUUAGAAAACUUUGGAAUUAAGUGAUUCACUAUAGAUCCGUGAGCUUAUGCAUAAAUGCACACCUUCAGUUAGGAAUGCCGUAUGCCAAUCAACCUAUCGUCACAUUAACAAGCUUUAACAAUGAAAACAUAAAGUUUAUACUGGAAGAGACUGAUUUAAGUGUAGCCAAUGCUAUUCGGCGUGUUUGUAUCGCUGAAGUCCCUACUCUUGCAAUAGAUUGGGUACAGAUUGAAGACAAUAAUACAAUGUUAAAUGAUGAAUUCAUUGCCCAACGUGUUGGGUUAAUUCCACUGACAUGUGAUAAUGUAGUUGAUAAAAUGACGUAUUUCCGAGAGUGUCCUUGCCGCGAAUUCUGUGAACAAUGUUCCGUUGAACUUACAUUGGAUGUAUGUUGUACUACGGAUGCACCAAGACAUGUUACAGGAGCAGAUCUCAUCAGCAGUAACCGUGAUGUACAACCUGUACCAUCAAGAGAUGCUGAUGACUCGUCAUACGUCGGUCAGGAAUCCAUACUAAUUGUUAAAAUGCGCAAGGGGCAACGCCUGAAAUUAAGAGCGAUCGCAAAAAAAGGUUUUGGUAAAGAGCAUGCAAAAUGGAAUCCAACUGCUGGUGUAGGGUUUGAAUACGACCCAGAUAAUGCCUUAAGACAUACAUUUUUACAUAAACCCGAAGAAUGGCCACGUUCGGAAUAUUCAACUUUACCGGAAAAUGAACAUCAGGCACCCUAUGAUCCAACUGGAAAGUGCAUAAACCAUUGUUGUAUGUUACGGCUUUCUCAAGUUCUCGUCCAGUUUAUGGCGGCAUUCCAUCAAUGCUGUAAUUUCUUACUCUAUGAUGCACGAUCUCAAUUAUAUAUAAUCAAAGUGUACUUUGUUGUGUACUAUUCUGGUUAUCGGCAAACGAGCGCGUGAAAACUGCCUCCUGAACAAACAGGUGUCUAGUAUUGAUCUAUACCAUCAUAUCACUGUUUUUUUCUUUGAGUCGGUGUGUUCCGAUAUAAAACCAUUAAAAAUAAUAAUGAUCAUGAUAAUAAAUAAUCUAGGUGGAUAAUUCAAUACUUCAAUUAUAUAACACAGCUUAUAGUACACAGUUCGAACACACGCGCUCAUGUACAAUUUAAGAAAAUUAUUCUCUUUGAUAUCACAUAAGAAUCUGACAAGGAAACGCUAAAGUUAUGACCUAGAUGUAAAUUAUUCAUAGUGUGAUUUGGGAUAAAUUCGUCGCGUUCCAUGUUAGUACCGUGAGUGGGAACUCGAUAAAUCACUCCUUACUCUUGAAACGUUAAGUUUGAGUGCGAUCCGAUUCUAUGCUAGUCGAUAACUGAAUUACGUUUGUACGUCAGUUGUUCCGUUGUUAUUAUAUGUGGAUCAUUAUUUGUUUAGAGUCACAGUACUUUCCAACUAUCUCAGAUGGAGCUUUGUAUAAUAGUGUUGAAGGGACUCAUGAUAUCAAGAUACAGAGUCUUAUAGUUUGUUGAC